UCUUUCAUAAUUCACUUAUUAGAAAAAAAAUGUCAUAUUUUCUCAUUUUCUUAAAACAAACAAUUUUGUUUAUGAUAAUAUCUAUUAUUUCUACCUAAUGAGGACGAUCAAAAGUAAUUAUUAACAUGAAAAUAAAAGAGCCAAAAAUGUCAUAAAAACGAAACCAUAUUAGAAAAACCAUUAGUAAACCUCUUCCUUCCUUCUACAAUGGAUAACUGAGCUUUGACCAAACUCAUCGCCGCUGGAGAGUAACACAAUGAUUCUCCGCCACUCCCUUCACAUGACAACCUUCCUCAUCAUCAUCAUCAUCCUCUUCAUUCUCUCACCAACUUUCGCCCUCAAUUUCCUCUUUAACUCAUUCGCCGGCACCUCAAACUCCACCAACGUCACCUUAGUCAACGAUGCCCAUUUCGACUCAUCGGUGAUUCGGUUAACUAAUGAAACCCUCAUCGACCAGUUUUCCGUCGGCCGAGCUUUCUACCCAUCUAAAAUCACCAUGAGAAGAAGCUCAAACUCAAACUCUUCCUCUGUUUCUUCUUUCUCCACCUCUUUUGUCUUUUCUGUUUUGCCAGUUAUAAGCUCCAGCCCUGGCUUUGGUCUCUGCUUCGUCCUCACCAAUUACACCUCACCUCCCGGCGCCAUCGCCAGUCAGUACUUCGGUCUAUUCACCAACGCUACGGUGAGAACACCAGCUCCCCUGUUAGCCAUUAAGUUCGAUACGGGUCGGAAUCCGGAAUUCGGUGACCUGGAUGGGAACCACAUCGGAAUCAAUCUCAACAGUAUUGAAUCAGAGACGUGGAACCCCGCCGGAUAUUACAACUCAACUGGAUCCUUCGUCCCAGUUCCAAUGCGAGAUGGGAGAAACAUCAGAGCUUGGAUCGAAUUCGAUGGCACCAAUUUCGAAAUCAACGUCACUGUUGCUCCCAUUGGAGUUCCUCGUCCGGUUAAACCUACACUCACUUACAGAGACAGGAACAUAGCGAAUUUCAUCUCCGAUGAAAUGUUUAUUGGGUUUUCGGCUUCGAUAACGCAAUGGAUCGAAGCGCAGAGGAUUUUAGCUUGGAGCUUUAGCGACACAGGAGUUUUGAGAGAGAUCAACACGACGAAUUUGCCGGUCUUUCUUGUACCGGAGUCAUCUUCGUCGCUUUCUCCCGGGAAAAUUUCUGGGAUUGUAAUCGGUUGUGCUGCUUUUGUAGCGAUUUGUUCAAUCGGGGUUUUCUGGUAUUGGCGGAAGAGCAAGCUGAAAGACAAAGAAGAAGAUGACGAUAUUGAAGAUUGGGAACUCGAGUAUUGGCCUCACCGAUUCACAUACGAAGAACUUGAUGAAGCCACCGAAAGCUUUUCCGACAAUCAACUUCUGGGCGCAGGCGGGUUCGGGAAAGUUUACAAAGGAACUUUACCAAACGAAACCCAAAUCGCGGUUAAAUGCGUGAACCACGAUUCAAAACAAGGGUUGAGAGAAUUCAUGGCUGAAAUUUCAAGCAUGGGAAGGCUUCAACACAAGAACUUAGUCAAAAUGCGAGGAUGGUGUAGAAAAGGGAACCAACUCAUGCUCGUAUAUGAUUUCAUGCCCAAUGGUAGCCUUAACCAAUGGAUUUUCGACAAGCCCAAGAAGCUUCUGGGCUGGGAACAACGGCGGCGGGUGUUAGCAGAUGUUGCCGAGGGCCUAAACUACCUCCACCAUGGCUGGGAUCAAGUUGUGGUUCACAGAGACAUUAAGUCGAGCAACAUAUUGCUCGACUCAGAUAUGCGUGGCCGGCUCGGCGAUUUUGGGCUAGCGAAGCUUUACCAACACGGCGAGGUCCCAAACACGACUCGGGUCGUUGGGACUUUGGGUUACCUGGCACCGGAGCUGGCCACAGUAGCGGCGCCGACUUCGGCGAGUGACGUAUAUGGGUUCGGUGUGGUUGUUCUUGAAGUUUCUUGUGGGAGGAAGCCGAUUGAGUUUGGGGCGGCGGCGGAGGAGGAGGUGGUGUUGAUCGAUUGGGUGAGGGAUUUGUACUUGGAAGGUAAGGUUGUUGAAGCGGCGGAUAAGAGGGUUAGUGGAGAGUAUGAAGAGGCGGAGAUGGAGGUGAUUUUGAAGCUUGGUUUGGCUUGUUGCCACCCUGAUCCUCAGCGCCGCCCAAGCAUGAAAGAGGUGGUGGCUGUGCUUGUUGGGGAGCAAACGACAACGACGGCACCGGUAGAAGUGUUGUCGUUUUUGGUUGGAGGUGAUGAUAGUAGAGCUGUCGUUGAUAGUGGUGAAGAUAAUGAAUCGCCGGAGGUGGCUUUGGCUCCAUCUCCUUCACCGGUUCUGUAAAUAUAUAUUUUAUUAAUUUAUUAUUAUUAUUAUUAUUAUUGGUCUCAUUUUAUUUAAAUUUUAACUUUACAGGUAUAUUUAAUGGUUAGCUUCAUAAUUAUAUUUUUGCUUUUCUAGGAUACCACUUUGAUGAAAUUCUAAAUGAAUUGCUUUACUGCUUUUGUUUCUCUCA